UCACACUCUCACACUCUCACACUCCUCGACACAUGAGCGGACCGACAUUCAUGUCGCCAGUCGAUAGUUCGACCGUGAGCUUAAACGAUGUCGGCUCUACACAGCAGGACGAUGUCUUUCUGUGCACACAAUUACAGUACCUAAGCUCAAGACACGGUCGACACUUAGAAAGGACUCACAGAAAUAUUCGCACCGCGGUCGAGUAUCUGAAAGGCAAGAGAGCAGCACGAAAGUUCGUGAAGGCAUGUUGGCAGAGGGCAUUGGCCAUCUCCCCGCAAGCUUUCAUGUUCCUGAGUGGAUCAUUCACCCAUCACCACCUUCUGAGGAGAGGACAAUACGCCUGUCAACAACUGAUCGAUCUCCUGAAGCGAAAUCAGAGCAUGAUUGAUCAGCACUCAGAGUUAUCAUCUCUCAGUGCACAGUUUCUGAAUGACCUCAAACAGCUAGCUCAGGCUGACAUUUCUGAAAAUCCAAAAUCCUCCCGCAGUUUACGUCGACCAGCACCCCGAACAGAGAAGGCCACAAGGGCUCAAGAAGAGCUGUUGGCGCCAUACAAGCCACCUACACAUGAUGAUGAGCCUGCUGUUGCACCGUGGCUGGACUACUUCCGCAAGGAGCCAGCAUUUCUGAUACAUCUGGACCUUGCUUUCGACCACUCGAAGCUGGGACUGCUGACAUCUGCCACGGAAGAUCUGCGUACUUUAUGGAGAACACACACAACAGGUCUACCGACGAUCGUUCCGGCAGCGGCAUGCUGGCGGGGAGAUCCGCCGACAUUUGAACAGCUCUGGGUCGAAAUGUCGAAGAUCAAAGUAAACGAUCUUCGGGUCUACGAACAGGGUGAACAGUCAGCCAAUGCCGCACUCGCGUUCUGUCAGAUGGCGAGACCGAAUCAAGACAAUCCCAUUUGCAUCAUCGGGAUGGAGCUACCCGCGUUGGUACGAUGCCGAGCGUUUGGGGGAUGUGCUCAACUUCAUCAGCGAGCGACGACGUACCUGGAGCAGCGCACGGUGUUCAACAUGACGCCGAAAUUCUCGUUCGUCGACUUGCAUACAGACUACGGUAAAGAUGGCAUCUCUGCUACCCUCCACGAUUGCGAAAAGGUGUGGGGGAUGUAUCCUCCAACGCUUCACAACCUGCAGUGGAUGGCUGAACACCGGGGCCAGCAAGCCAAACUGGCACAGGGGAUGGGAGUUUUGGAAGGGGGUGUAGUAGCGCACACCACUUCGGCGGAGGCGGUCUACCUGCCGGCAGGAUGCUUGCAUGCUGUCUUCACCCUUGUCGGUGGGUUCCUGGUCUCGAUCGAUUGUACCACUCAGAGGUCAGUAUGGCCGUUUGCACAAUACCUCCGAUGCAACAUGCAAGCCGAACUAGGAGCCACCGAUGAGCGAAACUGCUAUUUUCUCUUCCUGGAUUCUCUCGACGUGGCCUUACAGAACGCUGGGGAGAGGGAUGCCUUCCGUGCAUGGAUCGAGGUCGAAGACGUCCUCCAGAUCAAGAGGAAGAGCGACCGAGGGUGGGUUCGAGCGGCACGAAAGGUGUGGGAUGAUUACCUGAAGGCUGAUCCGAUCAUUGAUGUUGAAUGUCCCUGCCAGGGCGCAGUCAGCUCUUACUUCCUUGAGCAUCUAAAGGUCCGACAUUUACGUUGGCUAUUCAAUGACACCGGUCAGGGCCCUACUGAACCCAACUCAGGCGUUGAAUCUGGAACCAAGGUCAUCAGGAGGAGAGUGAAGAGAGGCAAAUCGCACGUGGACGAGUGACCGCCCAGGAGUUGAGAGGAAAAAGAGAGCACACAGUGCAGAAAUGCAAAAAUUCUGAAGAUUUUUUCAAUUUCUAGCUACGUUCCCACGAUACCGUCGCUCAAAAUUAACACCUUGGGAAAUGGAAGUCAAGCCUCUCGAGAUGAGAUCCGGACUUGGUCAAAAUCUUGUGCUGAGGCCGAAUAGACAAUCGCCAAAGAUGUGUCAGGAACCACCAACGAAAUGACAUUCGUUGGAAGCUGUUUCUCCUUCCCAACUUACACAACUCCAUCUAACCUCGAAAAUAAUACCAGGGCGUACUAGAGGCAGUCG